CGAGCGCCUGGGGCUGCUCGCCGUGCCCCCGCUGGCUGGGGUUGCCGCCGGGUUUGGUUCGGGCGCGGGGGCCGUGCGUGGGCAGGGGGCACGACCGGUCUCGGCGGCUGCUCCGGGGCACAGCCCUGACAGCCGGGGCCGCCCGCCGCCGUGGGCACACGCCGGCUGGGCCGGGCCGGGCCGGCGGGCGGCGCGUACCUGCAGGGAGAGCCGGGCUGGAGCCGCCGGCCCUUGCACAAACUUCACGCCGGCCCGUAGUUUAACUGUCCAUCCUGGGGCGUCCACCCUUUAGGGAGCCGUGGCAGCUCCCGGGGAGCCUGCGGGAAUAUCGCACUCCAGGGUGCUGCGGGUCCUGAAAGUGCACCCUCCGCAAGUCUCCGUGAAGCGGCACACAGAACCGCCUGGGGAUUCACAAGCUACAGAUGGACAAUGCUUAGGGAUGGUAGCACUCCGUUUUACGUCGUUUAUAUGGCAUGUAGUGGCAGGGUGAAAUAGGGAUACAGCUAUGGGAAGAUUGUCUUCUUUUUACCUUGGGGUAACCUGUAUACUGACGGUUCCCCGGGAGCCACGGUACUGGUGAUGAAAAAGGUAAAUGUGGGUAACCUCUCACAUUGUGGAAUUGCUUCCCAAACCCCCGGGCAUCAGUUUUGAUGCAUGCGGGCUGAGAGCAGUUUGUGCAAAUGUACCUUAGGUAGCAACAGCUGAUCAGACAGAGCAAUCAGGUUAGUCAAGUAUUUCAUAAAGAAUCUUAUUUAACUAGCAGUUGUCAGAAAAGCAGUUCAAGUUGUCAGUCAUCUUUCCGUGUUUUUUUGAGCUUGUGGAAUAAUUGCAUUUCCAACUCUAAGCCUGGAGUUGAUUUAAAAUGUUAACAUGUAACCUCUAAAAAUAAGAUUUACAAUGGAAACGAUGUAUUAGCCUUAAGUUCUUUAUUGCAUAUGUGACAAAUUCGUGCCUAAUUCAGUAGGACUUGCCCAGUGCUAUUAAAAACAAUGGAAUAAUUUGUUAACUUUCAUAGGAUAAUUUAUUUUGCUUUUUUGGCUUCGUAUUUUGAAUUCAAAACCAAACUAAAUGUCAAUAGGAAAAAUAAAAUAUAUUAUCAAAUUUCUUAUGAAACAUGACAUCUUGUAUGUAGUAUCCCAGAUUCUUUUUUAUGCAGUGCAAUUGAGUUGAAAGGCUAAUUGAAACUUUAUGGAGAGGAUGGUUCUGUGCCUGAAUGCAGUGUUGUGCUUGCUCAUGAGUGUAGCUCCUAGGAACGCACUAGGGCAAAUAAUGCAUCAGAACAGAAUGCCACAGGGGGAGGUUGUGCAUGGGGCUUUUGUGCCAAAGGAUACUUGCUGUCUUUGUUGUGCUUGAUAGUGAAAAUAUACAUGGGUGACACGUCAUGGGUUAUGUGUUUAUUGUGCCAACAGCUCUCAGAUUGGGCAGACUGUAACUCAGAUAGACCUUGUUUUUUCCUUUUCAUUUGAAACCUCUGCUAAUUCAUGAAAGCUGAAAGUCACACUGAAUUCCUUCCUUCAUACAUAAUCACUUUGCAGGCUAGAGCCACAGUUAAAGUAAGAAGAGUGUUUUGUUUUUCUCUGAAUGAACAUGUGAAAUUUUUUGUUAUUAUUGUUGCUGUUUGAUUUUUACAUUUGGUUGUGAUAGCCAGUGCAGCACCACCUGGAUUCUUUGAACGUCUGCAGGCUGCUCCAAGAGAGAGUCUGGGCAGCAAGUCCAUGUACAGAUAUUUGGCAACACAGCUCUGUUGAAGCAGCCACUCCUCUUUGCUUCUGUACUGACAGUGCUGGGCAUGAAGAACAGCAUUGAGCUGUUCCCGUGCCAUCAGCAAGUUCAGUUUAUUUAUGUGCAGAGUUGGCAGAACCUGCGUAUCUGUGUUGAAUCUCCAGUUUUAAAAGCGACUGGAAUUAGUAUGAAAUGUACAUGGAACUCAUAGUCUGUUCAUUCUUGUUGGAGCUUUUGUGGCUCUUCUAGUUGAAAAAUGAAGAGCUUAAUGCUACCUGAGGUAUUAGUUCCACAAACUGCAGUUUGAGAUGUGAGUUACUGCGUGGGGAUAAGUAAAGGUAGAAUUUGGCCCAAGGUUACAAGGAGCGCAAAAGGAAAUCUCACAGUGCUGUAAAUUUGGAAGUCCCAAAUUAAAGGUUCUGUAAGCUCAGAUAAAAAGGGUAGUGUUGCCGCCUUCUACAAAGGGUCUCUUGUUCAGUAAGUCUCACCAAAAGGAAAUUUGCAGUUCAGUAAGCCAACUGUAACAAAUACCUGACAUAAGAAUGGAGCAAGUUCCAUAGGGGUUUCUACAGGUCCCACAUUUCUCUUUGAACAUUAAAACCUAAAGAUGUAAACCAGUGAACUGAAUAAAAGCUGGAUUCCACAGCGAGAGCAUGUGUAUGCAUUGUGCUAACCAGUUGAGUAAGUGCUCACUUCAGUGAAGGCAGUCAGUGCCCUUGCCUUCUUCAAAAACUAAUCUGUUGAAACUCUUAGUUUUUACCUGUUGUAUAAGCACAUGGAAUAUGUGGAGCUUAAAAACUGAAGAAUGACUGAUUGGUCAAGGUUAACAGAGAACAUUGGUUCCAAUCUCAGCAGUGUCUCAAAACCAGUUAUAAUUAAUAUUAAAAUCUGAAAACUAAGGUACUGGAUGCUUUCUGAAAUAUCUAGGUAGUCAUUCGUGUAUGAAGCUCAAGUAAACAGAGUUUACUUGUGAUGUGCAAACAGGGAUUGGAUAGCAUGAAAAUCUUUAUCCCUGAUUUUAGAGUUGGAGAGUAGUCACACAACAAUUCUGUUACAUAGUCGUGGUUGACAAGUCUCUAAUUUAAAUACCAACCAUAAAAGUUGGCAUUUUCAGUCUUCCUGAGAGUGUCAUUGGGAAAGACCAAUUAGGGGCUUGGGGAAAGUGGAGGAUCUGUGAUCAUGGCAGGGUCACUUAUUAAUUGAUCUGUCACAUCAGAUUCCCAUGUGUGUUCCCUCUAGUUAGAAAGUUUCAUAAAUCAUUACUGGGUUACUUCUCAAAGGAACAAGAAAAGCUAUUCAAACCACUCAUGGAAGAACAGUUUUUGAAGAGUGGUGCUCGGGAAAUGUCCCUGAACACACAAAAAAAGUCCAAAAUAAAUGAUACAUCAUGUUAGCUUUAACUGGUGUUUGUCUGUUAAUUUCUUUCUGGCCCAUUUUCUUUUGAGGCUCAAUGGAAGAAGCUGAGUUGUAUGGGGUACUCAAUGCUGCGACAGUUCUGCUUUUCUUAAGGCUUAAAACAAUCCAAGAAGAAAAGGAAAAAAAAAAACAUUUUUAAUUUCCUGAGUCUGCGUGGGUGAUCUGCUCCCUAGGGGUACUGGACCAUCUUUGGGAAAGCCAACCUUUUGGGAACCAGCCUUUGGGAAAAACAACCUGGGUGUUUGGGAAGGCUGUAGGUUGCAGCUCUGAGGAAUAGUGAGGGGGAGGUUUGUUUAUCUGCACAUUGCCCAAGGAGAUUAUGCCAGUGGUAUGCAUAAAUUUGCUUUGCAAAUUGUACACUUCUCAUAAUCUGUUGCAAUUUCAUGUCUGUUCAGGGAUUUUAUGUGGUAAGUUUUUUUUUUUAUUUUAUGGUUUUUACAAGUUGAAUGCAACUGGUGUGGUUGCCUGUGUGGUAUUUACAAUGCUUUCCUGCCACAGAUGUUUGAGAUGGGAUAAGACUGGGAAAAAAGAGGAGAUGGGCGGCUUACCAACUAGAAGAGUGAUAACCAUGUUCUUGAUGUUCUGGGAGGGUUGUCUUUUGUCAUUUCAGAUAUGCUUUUGCUAAGGGGAGUUGUCAAGGCAGCCUGAAGAUUGCAUGCAGAAGGAAUACUCUGUGUAGUUGGAAGAGCCAGUUGCUUUUUUUCUGGCUGUUAUGCUUUCAAGGAAUGGAACUGCAACAACUGAGAAAGAAAGAAUUACACCCCAUUAGUCAAGAGGCCUGAAUUAACAAAUUUGAUUUUCCAUUAAAGUACAAUCUAAUUUACCUCCUCAGAGCAUCAGAAAGAUGUCAAAAUAUGAUUUUCUGGAAGCUAAAGAAAAUCUUCACCACGUGACCCACAUCUGGUUGUAUGUUCAACAAGAGGACAUUACAACAUCAGAUUAUAUUCUCCCUUAUACUUUACAGCGGGCAUAAAUGCUGAUAAAUUUUUCAGCGGAAAACAGAUGUGCCACUUCAAAUGCAGUAACAUGCACAAAGUGUCUUGCUUUGGGCCCUGAGUGUGGAUGGUGUGCUCAAGAGGAUUUCAUGGCUGGCACAACACAGAAGGGACGCUGUGACAUUGUUUUCAACUUAAUGAAAAGAGGCUGCCGAUCAGAUUUGGUUGAAAACCCCACAGUUCAUGUCACAAUACCCAGUGACCAUGAAACAAAUACACAAGUGACACCAGGAAAAGUUUCAGUCCAGCUGCAUCCAGGAAGUGAAGCAAACUUUAUGUUAAAAGUUCGUCCUCUAGAGAAAUACCCUGUGGAUCUUUAUUAUUUAGUUGAUGUCUCAGCCUCCAUGCACAACAAUAUAGAAAAGUUAAAUUCUGUUGGAUUUGCUUUAUCUAAAAAGAUGGCAAAUAUUUCUCUUGAUUUUCGACUUGGAUUUGGAUCCUAUGUGGAUAAAACUGUGUCACCUUAUAUUAGCAUUCAUCCAGGUAGAAUCCAUAACCAAUGCAGUGAUUACAAUUUAGAUUGUAUGCCUCCUCACGGUUAUAUUCAUGUGCUAUCCCUGACUGACAAUAUAGCAGAAUUCAGAAAUGCAGUGAAUAAACAAAAAAUUUCUGGGAAUAUUGAUACACCUGAAGGGGGUUUUGAUGCAAUGCUCCAAGCAGCUGUAUGCCAGAGCCAUAUUGGAUGGCGUAAAGAAGCAAAGCGACUGCUUCUUGUGAUGACAGACCAAACUUCCCAUCUGGCCCUUGAUAGUAAAUUAGCAGGAAUUGUAAUUCCUCAUGAUGGAAACUGUCAUUUGAAAGAUAAUGUGUACGUCAAAGCUACGAGUAUGGAGCAUCCGUCUCUUGGGCAGCUCUCUGAAAAAUUGAUUGACAAUAACAUCAAUGUUAUUUUUGCAGUUCAAGGAAGCCAGUUUCAUUGGUAUAAAGAUCUGUUACCUCUGCUGCCUGGUACUGUUGCAAGACAAAUAGAAUCACAAGCAGCAAAUCUCAAUGACUUGGUGGUAGAAGCCUAUCAGAAACUAAUUUCUGAAGUGAAACUUCAAGUGGAUAACCAAAUCCAAGGUCUUAAUUUCAAUAUCACUGCAAUCUGUCCUGAUGGAAGUGAAAAAACAGGCAUGGAAGGAUGUAAAAAUGUGGGAUAUAAUAAAGAAGUACUUUUCAACGUAUCAGUUACAAUGCAAGGAUGUCAUACAACUGGAGGGAGAAAAUAUGCCAUACUUAAGCCUAUUGGUUUCAAUGAAACCGCUGUUGUUAAUGUGCAGCGAAGCUGUGCCUGCCAAUAUGGGGACAGUACAAACCACAAAAGAGUAUGGGCUGAUGAAACUUCUGAUAGCAAACAGUCCCACUGCAGUGACAAUAACUGUAGCUCUAACAGAGAAGACACGCUUCCUUCAGAGAGGUGCAGGCAACACCAGGACCAACCUAUCUGCAGUGGUCAAGGAAAUUGCAUAGAUGGAAAAUGUUUCUGCUACAAAAACAAGCUAGGCAAGGUAUAUGGCAAGUACUGUGAAAUGGAUGACUUUUCCUGCCCGUAUCACCAGGGAAACUUAUGUUCUGGUAAUGGUGAAUGUGAAGGUGGUAAAUGCAAAUGCUUUUCUGGCUGGGAAGGUGAUCGUUGUGAGUGCUCAUCACAAUCAGCAAAGCACUGCCUGAAUUCAAAGGGCCAGAUUUGCAGUGGAAGAGGAAAAUGCGUAUGUGGAAAGUGUGAGUGCACAGAUCCAAGAAGCUUUGGCCGUUUGUGUGAAUAUUGCCCUACUUGUAACAAAGCCUGUGAAGAAAACUGGAACUGUGUUCACUGCCAUCAUUCUAACAAUACAUCUCAAGCAAUACUUGACCAGUGCACAACCUCAUGCGCUUACCUACUGCAUUAUGUUGACCAUACUUCAGAAUGUUUCUCUGGACGAAGCUACUUUAGAGUCUUUUCCAUAAUCUUUAUAGUUACCUUUCUGAUCGGGUUGCUUGUUGUCCUUAUCAUCAGGCAGAUCAUUCUGCAGGGGAGUAGCAAUAAAGUUAAGUCUUCAUCUGAUUACAGAGUAUCUGCAACAAAGAAGGAUAAGAUGUUUUUGCCUACAGUUUGCACAAGAACAGUAACAUACAGACGUGACAAACCAGAGGAAAUAAAUAUCGACAUCAGCAAGUUGCGAUUAAACGAAACUUUCAAGUGUGAAUUCUGAAGACUGUGUGUUUUCUGCAAAUUCUAUUUCCAUCAUGAUCGACUUUUAAAAAGUUACCUUUUGUACUCUGUGGGAAUCUUGACUGUUGCCAUACGGUUUUGUUUUGUGCAUUUUGUUGAAUACUGUAACUAAGUGAUCUGUAAACGGACUCACGUUAUGUGAUUAUGUUUGAAACUAUAGCUGCUGUAUUUUUUUAGGUUUUUUUGAAAGAGAAAUGUGCGUUACUACUGUUCAGAAACAUUAGUGUUGAUGUAGCACUUUAGCAUAUUCUAAUUUAUUUAGUUAUGGCCUAGAAUGUAGAUAUGAACUGGUCUGACAAAGCACUGAUCUCACUCUACAUGUAGCUAGUACUGAUGUGCUCUGUGGGAAUGGACAAAAGCUGUGACUGAAAUAUUAAUAUUGCUGUAUAUUAUAGCAAUAGAUGAAACUAUUAAAAUGCUCUUAAAUAGAGUAAAUGGUACUUUUAUAGUUCUCUCAGUUGAUAAAUUCCACUGAUUUGUCUGCUUUAGCGUCUUAGCUUUUCCUCAUAAAAAUGACUGGAUUAAAUAAGUAUUUAGUUACUGGUGUGGGUCUAUAGUUGUGUGUGUAUACACACAGCAUGCACACACAGGUAAAUUAUAUAUAUAGUUUUUUAUAUGGAUGAUGUCACUUAAAGAUAAUUUAUAUCUGAUAAAGAGUAAUUUUUAGCUUUUUUACUUGUUUAAACAUAAAAAACCCUUUUGUACAAAAUUUAAGGUAUUUGAAAACUGAGUGGCUACAGAAAAUGAGAGUUUCUCUGUCCAACAGCAUAGUCUACAUGAUGAUCACUGUUGACUGACUUCACCUUUGGAGUCAGCAGCAUGAACCCUGUUGCAAGUAGAUGAAUUACACCAGAGCUGUGUUUGGUUUGCUAGCUACAUGUCAGUGUUUUGCCAAAUAAAGGCUUUGAUCUUUUUGUAUGAUGUCAGGAAUGUCUGAUUUUACACUUGCUCUUUUUCUUUAUGUAAAUUAGUUGAUGGGGUCGAGUUUUGUGACUGAUUUUUGUGACUGUGCCUGGAGAAAUGUGUCCAGUGUGAUGUGGAAAAGAACCUGCAAUUUAGAAGGUGAGGAAAAUAUGAGUCUUUUUCUCAAGGGAACACAUUAAUUGACUUCAUACAUAUGGGAUCAAAUUCUGCCUUCAGAAAUGGACAAAGCUCUUCUAAAUAUGGUGGGACCAAUAUAAGCUUAUCUGAGAGAAGAAUGUGAGCUACAAGGUCACACAGAAGCAUUUUUUUUUACCCCUGAAACUGACUGUAAUGGUAGAAGACCAUUGUGUUAUAUGCUAGUUGGAAGUGUCAGUCUGAUUACUAACCCUAUGCUGCCGAAACCCCACAGAAGUCUGAUCAACCUCUAAUGCUCUAAAAUCUUGCUGGCAAAAAAAAAAAAUCAUCUCAGAAGACAGCGUAUCAUUUUAGCAACGUUUAUUGCUAAUAUGAAAUAUUGGUCUGUAUUUGUCAUAGAGAAGAGUUACAGAAAAAAAGCAGGACCUCCUUAUGUGCAGUUUUUUAGACAUUAGUAUAUAUUUCCUGUUCCGUAUUUCUUCUGUAAAUUCCCACUAAAAUCUGAGGAGUAUGUGUGUGAAAAGAAGGCAGGAUGCAGAACAAGUGAUAAGUGUUAUGUGAGUGUUCAGUUUCUCGAGUAACUGAUCAAGUGGGAUUGAGAAAAACAAUAUAAAGACGUUGGCCUUUUCAUUAGUCAUAAAAGCUCUAGACCUUAGGGAUUGGGUGUUUUUUUGAAACCUGUAAACUGGACUAUUAAAUGUUUCUAAAGCAAUCUCCAAAGUAGGCCCUGAGCUUUCUACCAUAAAGGUAAAAGUUUAAAGAAAAGAGUAUUUCCUUACACUGACCCUGACUUUUAGUAAUAGCUUAAUUGUAGAAUUUUAGUUAUAGAUUAAUUCUGUAAUCUAUCAAGUAUACCUUAAACUUUUGUUUUCUUUUAAAACAUGUAGGACCAUUUUCCUUCUGUGUAAAUUAGCAGAUUCCAAAAAAUUGGUUUCAGUGGGAUGAAGAUAAAAGAUUCAUAAAGGUUUACCUGCUAUUACCCUUAUCACAAUUCAUGACUAUUUGUGAGUAGCAAACAGUCUCUGGUUGUCUCUUUCACUUAACAAAACAAAAAAAAUUCAAUGCUCAGUGAUAUUUUCCCACCAUAAUGCUUUAAAGCAUUUAUUAAAGCAUUUACUGAAGUGAUAACAAUUUUUUUUUUAGGAAUUACUUUUCACUGCUAGAGGGACUUAAAUUGUGUGGGUAGGGGACAACAGAGCUGAGUUCUCGAUGGAAGAAAAUUUGAGCUGUAACACCCAUCUUCCAGACACAUCACACUGCUACUGCUUUUCUUCUGUAGCACUUGGUUGGCAUUGUGGUGCUGCCUGUGAAGGGGCACGGCCAGUAUUUCCUUAUCAGACACCUGCCUGAAUGUUUAAAAUGCUCUGGUCAAAUAGAGCAGGCUCACGGGACCAAUUGCACUGUAAGCAGCUUGCUGUCUUGAGAUUAAAAAAUGUACAUUAAAAAAAAAAAGAAGUUUUUAAGAAAAAAAAAAAAAAGAAGAAGAAUAAAAAGCUGUUUUGCAUCUCCCUCAUGGUUUUACUGUAUUGUGGAGGAGGCUGGUGAAAGAGAAUAAGCUGCUGCUAAUGUGACAGGUCAAGGCUUUUAGAAGGCCCGUGGGGAGCUUAUACAGAGCAGGAUUCUUGGGAGGAGGCUUUGUUUCUAGGGAUGGAAUCUAUCCAUGAGAAACUCUGGCUUUGCUUGGUACUUGUUUCCCUCUGCCUUUGACCAUGUUUUUCAGAAGAGCUGCUGCAGGAGAUGAAUAGCUCAACAAAAGCCUCACUAUUUAGGGAGCUGUGUUCCCUCAGCACAUGACCUUAAAUGAGAAAGCAGCCUGUAAUUCACAAGGAAUUUCUUCAGUGAUUGCAGAAGGACUCUGCUUCCUAUAGUGCUUAAUAUGGGAGAUAUUAAAGACAAAUUAGUUCACAUUAGUUUUCAAUGUAUUGUGUGUCAAAGAUGCUCAUAAAAAUAGGGGGAAAAUAUCUAACCUCAGAAUAGAACAUUCCAAACUACUCAAAUAAAAUUUCUUAUACUAGGCUCCUUCAAAAAAAUUAAAAGGAAGUCAAAUAAUUCUACUGCAUGCCUAUAUCCAAAUAUGUACCAGCAGAUACUGUUGUAUCUCAUCAUUUGUUUUGGGAAUUGUUUUUAGAUUUGCUCCCAGAGCAUGUGCAUGACUUUUUACACCAUAAAUGUUAAUGUUAAAAUACAUAUGUAUAAUUUUCAAA